CCCUCGAACGCAUCCAGUGGCUAUAAGAUGGCCAGCGUGACCGACCCAAGAGGAAGCUUCUUUCUCCUCCAUCUGCAGCGCAAACACCUCAGAGCACUUUGCUUCGUCCAUUCACUCGUUCAGGACAGUCCCGUCGCUUUCGCACCCACUCUCCUUCACUCGUUUAUACCACCCACUUACACCAACCUCAACCACCUUUCAAGAUGAAGUACGCCUUUGUGUCUGCCCUCCUGGCCGGUCUGUCCCAGACCGCACUCGCCCAGACCUCGUGCCUGGACAGCUGCCAGGUCGCCGACAAUGCCUGCCGCACGGCUCCCAACGCCAACCUGUCCACCUGCGCCUCCAACCUGGCCGCGUGCCAGGAGAGGUGCCCUGCCGUCUCGCCCAUGUCCUCCUCGACACAGGCCCCCGUCGCCACCCACACGCCCGACGUUGUCGAGGAGGUCGUCGUCGUCUGCCACGUGUGCGAGGAGGAGGCGGCCAAGAAGAACGCGCAGUGCAAGGCCGAGUGCCAGAUGAAGGAGAACGCGUGCCGCACCGCCCCCGGCGCCAACCAGUCCACCUGCUCCUCCGAGUACGCCGGCUGCGAGGCCCACUGCCCUCCUCCCACCACUGUGCCUCAGCACGGUGACGAGUGCGCGACCAAGUGCAUGGACGCCGACAACAAGUGCCGCACCACACCCGGCGCCAACCUGUCCACCUGCGCAUCGGACCUCGCGCGUUGCAAGACAUCCUGCCCUCAGCAGCGCUACCAGCCCACGCCGCCUCCUCCCGGCCCCACCCACGGUGACUGCCACGAGUGCGCCGGCAACCAGGACCAGUGCCGUGCCCAGUGCCAGGCGGCCGACAACAAGUGCCGCACCGCCCCUGGUGCCAACCUGUCCACCUGCGCGUCUGAGCUUGCCGGCUGCGAGGCCAAGUGCCCUCCUCCUCGGAACGGCCAGGAGUGCGCCGCCAAGUGCCAGACCCUCGACAACGAGUGCCGUACCAAGCCCGGUGCCAACCUCUCUACUUGCGCCUCUGAGUUCGCUGGCUGCAAGUCCAAGUGCCCUGCUACGACUCCCCAGAAUGGCGAGGAGUGCGCCGCCAAGUGCCAGACCCUCGACAACAAGUGCCGCACCGCCCCUGGCGCCAACCUGUCCACCUGCGCCUCUGAUCUCUCCGCCUGCAAGUCCAAGUGCCCCGUCCGCACCAUGACCGCCAUGCCUCACCCCGUCCCCACCAACAACAAGGUCGUCGUGAACAACAACAACAACAACAAUGGCCAGCAGUGCACCGUCGAGUGCGACACCGUCUACACAACGUGCUGCGCCGUGCCCGGUGCCAACAUCGUGUCCUGCGGCCAGGACAAGGAGGUCUGCUACGAGCGCUGCCCUGCCGGUGGCCACAAGAACGGCACCGUCUUGACGGCUGGCAGCGAGCGCAUGCAGCCCGCCUUCAUGGCUGUCGCCGCUCUUGGUUUCGCCGCCCUCUUCUAAGAAGAUGGUGUGAUGUGCUGCUCCAGCGUCGGUGCUGGGCGGCCCAGUUCAAUUCGUCUGUGUAUGGGAUUAGGUUAAGGAACUAGCGUCGGGUGAAGUAGAUGGAUUCAAUAGCAUUAUUUGAAGACAUGGUCUUAUUGUACGAGCUGUCUGUCUGUCGUUGACUGAUGUAUACGAGUGAAUGAUGCCCUAGAUGGUAGGUUACCUGACCGGCAUGAGGAAGCUCAACGCGCUCAUGGUUGCUUGUCAAGACCAAGCUUCUUUGUGGCCAUGUUCAUGCAGUGACUGGAAUACAUGUCUGCAACUCUCAGCUUUCCCUUCAACAAAACGGUGUCGA